AUGGCGAUGCCGAUGCCCCUGCAUCGCAGCGUCCAGCGGGCUGUGCCGCAAGCGCUAACUGGCCGCGCGGUGGCCAUGCAGCCGCUCGCGAGCCCCAUCCUGCGUAUGUCGCGCGCAUUCGCGGCGGGUGCCCCACCACCUAAGCCUAUUGGGGAGACCAUGGAGCAAAAAACCAAGGACGCGGCCAAGGCGGCCGAGACCCAUAUGGAGGACGAGGCGCCACCGACCGGUAGUCUCCGCCAGCGCCUGCGCACGAUCAUGCGCCGCUACGGAUGGUGGGCGCUCGGCAUCUACUUCCUGAUGUCGACUAUCGACUGCGGUCUGACGUUUGCAGCGAUCCACUUCUACGGUGGUGAUAAUGUGCGGGAGCUCGAGCGCGUGGUCCGCGACUGGGUCGGCCUCGCCAAGAAGGAAGAGGAGCCUGCGGAGCAGUCGCCUGACACUGAGAAGGCGCGCAAGCUCGUCGCCGCCGAAGACCAGCCGACGGAGUGGGACGAGAUGAUCGCGCGUCUCUCGACCGAGUUUGUACUCGCCUAUGGCAUUCACAAGACCAUCCUGCUUCCGGUGCGUGCUGGCGUUACGGCUGCCAUCACCCCUGCAGUAGUCCGCUGGCUGAUCCGCCGGGGAUGGGCAAGGCCCAUCAAGGCCGCAGCAACGGCUUCGGCCGCCGGCGCCAAGGCGUGA